AUGGAGAUCCAUCAUCAAUAAACAUAGCCUAUGACUAGUAAACAUCAAACAAUGGCGCCUCUCUAGUCUUUGUUUGCUAAAAAUAACAGAAAGCUUUAUAACUCACGCACACAACUUUCAGAAUUAGAUUUAUAUGAUGAUAAUAUAGUCGAAAUAGGUAGUGGCACUCCCAGAAAUAAUAAGAAUGAGAAUAGCAGUUCUAACUUCAAUGAGAAUAUGUCUACUAAUUCCCCAAAUAAAAUGCUUUCAAGAUUCAAUCCUAAUCCAAAGAAGCAUAUUCAAAGUAAAAUUGAGUAUUUGAUUCUCCCUUAUAACCAAAAGCUGCAAAGCUACAAACAUAUGAAGUUUGAAGAAGAUAAGGAGAUUGAAGAGCAGGAAUUUCAGAAAAAUAAUGAAUAGCCAGGAAGCAAGGAGAGAUAUGUGUAUUGGAGUGCAUCUAUAGGCUGGCACAAAAUCCAUGAUGUUGUUCUUAAUUAAGAAAAAUUUAUGUUUGACUCCAUGAUAAAUCACGUAAAAAAGGCAAAGGAUCUAAGCUUAAUUAGAAAGGAAUAAAAAUUGCAGAGCUAAAAAAAGCCAAAACAUGAUAAAAUGAAACCUAGAAAUUCAAAAAGAAUUAUAUUAAUUAAAGGAAUGAAAAACGGUCAAAGUAAUGGGUCAGCUAGCAGAUUAAUGCUGGCCACUUCUAGAGAUAAACUUUAGCCGUUUGUGAAAAAUUCCGAUUAAAAACCUCUAGAUGUGGAUUCAGAAAAGUCUGAUAGAGUGAGACUUAAAGUCGUUAAAAAGUUUGAUCCAAGGUUAGCAAGAAGAAGUGUUGAAGAAACUAUAAAAGAUGACAAAAAGAUUCAUGUUUAAAGAAGCAAAUUUCAAAAGCCUCAAGGUAGAGUAACGUAGGAGGAUGUAUUAAAUCCUGAUUCGGAUAAUACUAAAAAUGCAUCGUAGGACUUUCGACUAGACUCAGCAAAAUUUUCAAUAUCAAAAUUUUCUGAAGAAUUGCCAGGAAUAUUUGUGGAAAAACUUGAACACAACGGAAAUGACACGAUAUAUUAGAGUAUAAGAGAAGAUGAUAUGACUGCUGAUGGGAAGCAAGACAAAAAUACUAUCAUAAUAUUUUAAGAGUAGAUAAUGGAAAUGUCUCCUAAAAGUAAGAAAAUUUCUGAAAAGAUGACUCCAAAAAGAUUAUCCACAAAGCUAAGAGGCGAGAUUCAUGACUAUAGAUAGAAAAACUUUAGAAAUUUAAUUAAAAGUUUUGAAUCUCGAGAUUUCGAAGAGUAUAAUUUAAAAAUUUAAACCGGAAGAAAAUCUAAAUUCUUGAAUUAGGGUACAUAUCAACCUAGUCAUAGAAAGAAAGAAUUCUUCAAAAGUUAAAGAAACUCUAUCCUAAAUUAAUCAAUACUAGCACCUAUAGUUAAAUUGAAGCAAGAGAAAAGAGAUGAAGAAAUCAGAUAGAGUGUUGACAGUUCUUUGAAUUAUCUACAGUCUACAAUAGGAAGUAGUACAUUAUAAGAUUUAAAGAAAUCAGAAAUUUUUGAGAAAAAUUAACAGCAAUCAUUUUGGAGAAGAAUAAAUUCUCUUAAGACAAGUCCAAAAAAUGACAGACUUAAUUCUAAUAGAGAUAGCAUGAAACCAUUUAAUAUUACAACUGCCAAUACUAUUUUGAAUUUUAAAAACGAUAGAAACAGAGCAAAUUUAAUGACUUCCUCGAAAGAAGGAACAAUGAUGCCAUUGAUAACAACACCACUAAGUAUAUUUUCACCUCCGACUACAUCCCAACGCUAAAAUGAGACAGAGAGAAAGUAUACAACAUUAUCAGCAAUGACAUUCUCGAAAAGAACCCAUAACCCUUCUACAAAUCUAAAUCAAUAGUAAAGCAAGGCAGUUAAAAUUAAUACUGAUUUUAUGCUAAUAUCAGACAAUAAAUCUUUGAUGAAUUCAGCUUUUAAAUCAAAAGCAUCUAAUUCUUUUAAGGAGAAUGAAUGUGAUACUUAUAUUAAUAAAAGACGGAGAAGUAUAGAUCAAUUCGUAGGUGAUCUUAAUAAGCAGGAGUAGAGCAAGAUCUAGAAUAUGCUACUAGAUAAUAACUUUAAAGAGAAUGAUUUUGGUAACUAUAUAAAUUUAAAGGGCCAUUUAAGAAGAAAGAAAAUGAUUCAAAAUUAGAUUAAUAAUUCACAUGUUUGA